UGGAUACCGCUCACCAGCCAUGGCCUGCCUGAACCCCUCACAGCUCCAGAAGUUCCAGGAGAAUGGGUUCCUGGUGCUGGAAGGGUUCGUGUCUGCAGAAGAGUGCAUGGCCAUGCAACAGAGGAUCAGCGAGAUCGUGGCAGAGAUGGACGUCCCUCCCCACUGCCGCACUGAGUUUUCUACGCAGGAGGAGGAGCAGCUUCGGGCCCAGGGCAGCACGGACUAUUUCUUGAGCAGCGGUGACAAGAUUCGUUUCUUCUUUGAGAAAGGCGUUUUUGACAAGAAAGGCAACUUCGUGGUCCCUCCAGAGAAAGCUGUCAACAAAAUUGGCCAUGCUCUCCACGCCCACGACCCUGUCUUCAGGAGUGUCACCCACUCCCCCAAGGUUCAGGCCUUGGCCAGAAGCUUGGGCCUCCAGAUGCCCGUGGUCGUGCAGAGCAUGUACAUCUUUAAGCAACCUCACUUUGGCGGCGAAGGUGAGCUGGGAGCAGGCCUUGAGCCCCCAGGAAAGGUGGAUGCCACCUUCCUGUACACGGAGCCCCUGGGCCGGGUGCUGGGCAUGUGGAUCGCAGUGGAGGAUGCCACACUGACCAAUGGCUGCCUCUGGUUCAUCCCUGGCUCCCACACCAAAGGAGUGUCGAGAAGGAUGAUCCGGGCCCCUGCUGGCUCAGCGCCUGGCACCCGCUUCCUGGGGUCGGAGCCUGCACGGGAUGACAGCCUCUUUGUGCCCACACCAGUGCAGAGAGGGGCCCUGGUCCUGAUUCACGGGGAAGUGGUUCACAAGAGUGAGCAGAACCUCUCUGCCUGCUCUCGCCAGGCCUACACAUUCCACCUCAUGGAGGCCGCAGGCACGGUCUGGAGCCCAGAGAACUGGCUCCAGCCCACAGCUGACCUGGCCUUUCCUCCACUUUAUACCUGAUGGCCUUCAAGGGCUGGACCAGCCCCUCUUCUGUGAAGCCACGCCCCCAAAGGCUGCACCAUUCCCCGCCCCCCAGCCAUGCCCCACAGCAAUGUAGCCAGCAAGUGAGAGGCCCAAGAGACUGGACAGCAGCCCCUGUUGGGUGGCUGGAGCUUCCCCAAGAUACUGGUCUCCCUGCCACUCUUCUGCCCAACACAGCCUCCUCCUUGAAGUGGAUUUUCAGAUGUAAAACGGUUCUGGUCCAUUCUCUUCUCUUGGGUAGAACUAUGGCCAUGAUAGAUAGAAUGCUGAAUAAAAACAAGUUUCCACUGUA